CCUAGGGGCAAUUUAGAGUCUAACAACAAGCACAUUUUGAGAGGUGGGAGGCAAACUGACAACUUGGAGGAAACCCGGAAGAAGAACCUGAAUUCAUUAAUGGAUUUAUUUUGUCACCAUCACCCACAGUAAUUAUUACACAGGUGAUGGCGUCUCGCCGGGCCCUUAAAGCCGUGCUCAUUGAUUUAAGUGGGACUCUUCACAUUGAGGAUGCAGCUGUACCUGGAGCUCAGGAAGCACUUGCAAGAUUGCGUCGUGCUGCAGUAGCUGUCAAAUUUGUAACCAACACAACCAAAGAGUGUAAGAGGACGCUACACGAACGACUGCAGCGCCUCGGCUUUGACAUCCAAGAGCAGGAGAUCUUUACGUCGUUGACUGCAGCACGAAACCUGUUAGAGCAGAAGGACGUGCGCCCCCUGCUGCUGGUAGAGGAAAGUGCACUGGAGGAUUUUGCAGGUAUAGAAACGUCAGAUCCUAACGCUGUCGUUAUUGGCUUAGCACCCGAGCACUUCAACUAUGAGAAGCUUAAUAAAGCUUUCAGGCUAAUUCUGGACGGUGCCCCUCUCAUCGCCAUCCACAAAGCCCGAUAUUACAAGAGGAAAGACGGCUUGGCGCUGGGACCCGGACCGUUCGUGACGGGUCUGGAAUAUUCCACUGACACACAGGCCACUGUGGUGGGCAAACCUGAGAAAACCUUCUUCCUGGAAGCGCUGCGAGAUCUGAACUGCAGCCCCGAGGAGGCCGUUAUGAUCGGAGACGAUGCCAGAGACGAUGUUGGCGGAGCUCAGAACACAGGGAUGCUGGGAAUGUUAGUCAAAACCGGAAAAUACAGAGCAGGUGAUGAAGAUAAAAUCAAUCCUCCUCCUUACUUGACGUGUGAGAGCUUCCCUGAAGCUGUUAGUCACAUCCUUCAACAUCUGUUAGACACUAAAUAACUCCUGAUGGUACGGUUGAUACGUGUAAAUGUACGUGUGCCAAAAAAAAACAACAGCAAUACAGUAAUACAUUCUGUAGCUUUGUGGUAAAAUGUCUGCUGAUGGACAGGAAUGCGGUUUGUAGGUUUUUGUGUUCUUCUGCAUUUGUAGGUUUCAGUUGGUCAUCUGACCAGUUGUCAAGUAAUUCCUGUAUUAUAACAGGGGCGGGGGGGGGGGAUUGAUUAUUAAAUAAAAAAUGAAGCGUUAAUGUGACUGCAUUACACUGAAGACUUGUAUGUUAAAGCUGAGCCGAUUAUUAUCAAUAUAAACUACACAGAUAUACAAUAAUCAUCACUGUCUGUACAGUGUGUGAUGUCCUGGUUUACAUUCAUUUUGAUGAGGUAGAUAAAUCAUUUCUGCCCUUUUAAGAAAAAAAAAUCCUUUCUGGCUUGUUUAGAACUUAUCACUGUGGAUAUUGUGUCUGAUAGACUUGAGAAAAAAAAUUGAAAUUCUUAUAAAAACCACAAAUUCCUGAG